AUGUUCCUCCAUCGCUCUCGAAGUCCCAAACUCAUUCCUGUCGUCGGCGUCGUCGUCGUUGUUGGUGUCGUUGCUGUUGUUGGGUUUGGGCUCUGUGGGGUUAUUGAAGUCCCCGAACUGCGAAUCCAGCAGCGAUUAACGCCGAUGCGCGUGUGGGGGUUAUGGGAUGGGUCGCAGCGGGGUAUCACUAUCAGGAUCAUAUCGAGCCAAUGGCAGGAUGAUCCUUAUCUACGCGGUGUCCAUCGUUCCUCCAAGACAUUCGUGUCGUUUCCUUCGACGCUAUGA